AUGCAUAUGACAGAGCAGCGCAAGCAGAAGCAGCGCAUCAGCCUUCUCAGCACGCCCAACUACGUCUCAAACCCGCAUGUGAACCUAAAGCAGGCAUCGCGUACAGCAGUCAAAGGGUAUCCUGUAUCACAUCACAUGCAGUAUCCUCCUGGUACAACCAGGGUAUAUUCCUACUUUGAGAGCAGAGGUGGGAAGUUUCCUUCUACUGUCUUCUUUGGCCUCCAAUACAUCCUGAAGCGGUGGAUGAUCGGUCAAGUCUUGACGAGAGAGAAGAUUGAGGAAGCACGAGACUUAUACCAGAUGCACUUUGGGAGAUACCAAGCUGAAAUGCUAGAAGCAGCAAUUCCAAAAAUUCGUCAUCCAAGUGUCAAAGAGCACGGUUUUCUGAAGCCUGAUGUGGUGGAACCAUUCUCAGCGGUGAUUUUAUUCAAUACCUUAUGA